AUGCGCAUGUCCCAGAGCAGACCCUCGGGAAUACCUCCAACCCGCUUGGUCGUCCCAAAGUCCCUCUCACCCCUUGACCUUGCUCAAGAGUGGAUUCCUCGAUGGAGAUUUGAGACCCAUGGUAGUCAUGGAAGUGGAGACGCUACGAAUUUCGUGGUCUCGGGAGUAGUUUGUAGCGAGUUACGACAUGAAGGCAUAAACAGGCUCAUCAAAACCAACUCAAUCCAGCAAUAUCGAAGCCUAUGUUCCAUGCCCAUGCAGAGCUUAAUCUCUCAAAGCGGCCCAGAUCGGCUGUUCUCAGCGGAGAGAUGCUGGCUGUGGGUUGAGCAGUUGGAGACGAGCGAUUAA